AUCGAGAACAGACGAGGGCGGAUGUCAGAAGCUUAAUUCCGCUCCCCUUCAGAAACUCAGCUGGUCUGCAGCUGGCUACUGGAAUGGAGGUCUGUGUAAACCAAGACAUGUCCCGAAUAAACCGAGCCAAUUUGCUGUCCCGUCCAGAUGUUCUCCUGUAGCUGUGCGAAUAGGCGUUCGACUACAAUAAUCCGUAUCGAUUUGCCACUAAUCCUGCACCUUACGUCAAAGUGGGCCUCCUCGUCUCCGGCAAGGACGAGUUGAUCAGGACUUCCACCACCGCCAAUCAUCCUUCGCCUUGAACCUGCCAUGCUGUCGCUAAUCAGGGCGACUUCAAGACACACACCGUCGCUCCAACGGCUGUGUUCUAUUCAUCCGAUUAAUGCCUCCGCCCUCAACAGGCGAAUGCUCGUCUGCAAAGGUCCCAGGGACUCCCGAUCACGAGCACUGCAUCACACCCCAAGGGCUGCUUCCUCCGCUGAGGGAUCCUCUCCCGACUCGUCGGCUUCGUCCUCGCCUUCGCCCUCUGGAGAAUCAUCCGCCCCAGCUAAGGACACACCCUCCAGUACACCGGAUUCGAACAGCAAAAGCAGCAACAGCAACAGCAACAACGACCGCAACAGUAGUACCAUCGAGACACCUUCGGUUAGCACCUCCCGUCAGAGCACAUCGACUUCAUCCUCCACGAAACGGAGAGCUAAAAGUAGUAGAGGCGCUAACAAGACCACCGACAAGACCCAUCUUACCACUGAUCCAGUAUCCAGAGUCUAUGUACCAUCGAUUCCGCAGUCAUUCCUGGAAACAAACUACUACCCAGUCUCGUCCAACACUCACGACAUUGCUGCGAUCCCCUACCACAUACACAAAAGUGUCCUGGAUGAGGUCUUGAACACAGUGGCGUCCUGCCUUCUCGUGCCCGAUGGACCGCAGGCACAUAUUCAGAGGAUGCCAGCUCGGCACAACAACAUCCUUAUCAGUUCGCCAUCCCAAGGAUCUUCGCGUAUGCUGGAGACGAUCACAAUGGCCACAGCAAAGAAAAUCGGCGCCGAUCUGAUUGUCAUCGAUAUGCAGGAUCUCAUGGAACUCACAACAGAGAUUUUUAACAGCAAGGGCACUGGUAAUCCAUGGCCUGUUGACCACUUGUCCCGGGGAUUCAAUCCAUUUGUCUCAGCGCCAGUUCCACUAGAGUACAUGGAGGAUAUGAUUGACGAAUCGGAUGAUGAUUUCGACGACGACACGGACGAUGGUGACGACGACGACAACGAUCGGGAUCGUGCCGCUGUCAUGGUCGACUCCCGUUUCUUUACACCAAAGCGAGACGGACGGAAUGGUUUCGCCUCAGCAUCAUCCAGUCUCUCACUCAAGGAAAAAUUCGAGAGAUUCUGGACAGCACUCUUACUAGCAGAACCAAUGCCCUCGACUUCAUCGACAGGAUCAUCACACCUGCCCGCACGAGAAAAGUCUCUACCUAAAGUUCUUUAUCUCAAGGAUAUCGCGAAUGUAAUCCUCACACCAUUUGGAGCCAUGCUACUCCCUUCCCUCACAAGUGCUGUGCUCACUCUUCGCAAAGCCGGGCAUAACGUUAUGUUCGUCGCAGGACAUUCGCCUUCGCUGCACUCGGUGCGGAGCCAAUACGAGGACGAAACUAUGGACGAAAAUAAAGGCAGCGCGGGAACAACCAAUAUGGAUACCGAGGCCUCCUCCAACACACCAUUGACCACCAUUUUACAGAAAUUGCGCUCUCCGCAUGAUCAAGACCACCCGUUGAACAAUUUGGCAUAUGGCCACAUAUCGCUGGCCUCAUUGACAUACGACUCUUUUCCAGGAGCGACCCAAAGCCUUCAUCAUAUCUCUAUCCCGCCCUUCCUGCCACCCUCUGGCGCACUAUCAGCAGGAGUGUCAAACCCUGUAGAUCAGGAAAUGCAGUCGCGUUACGCUCAGGAAAACGCGCAGUUGUUGAGGCAGGACAAGGCGGACAGAAUCAGACAGAUCAACUGCAGGAACUUGCACGCAGUAUUACAUUUCAGAGGCGGUCACCUUGCGGACUCUGAUUCUCCGUCAAGUAUUUUCGGGUCACUCAAAGGAGUUGAUUCUGAGGUCUGGGGCUAUGGGAGGGUGUUUCGUAUCAUUUCAAAUGCAUUAGGAUCGCUGUAUCUGGACGAGAAGGAACAGCGGGGAUCCGUGGCGAGACGGGGCGUCAUCUCGAACAGCCAUGUCGAGAACGCCUUGGAGACCUACAGCCAGAAUGUGAAGCUUCGCAAGCUCAUCUCCUCGGAUCUUAACGCAAAGACAAAGCCGCUAAAGCCUCAAUUCCGUAUUGAGGAAUGUGAUCGGUAUGAGCGUAAACUGCUUGGCAGCAUUGUCGACCCAGACAAGAUUAAGACCACAUUCAAAAACACCAUUAUUCCGUCAGAGACAAUUCAAACCCUGCAGACAAUGAUCACGCUACCUCUAGUUCGGCCACAAUUCUUCUCGUAUGGUCUCCUUCGGGAUGAAUUUAUCUCUGGAUUGCUACUUUUUGGCCCCCCCGGAACCGGAAAGACAUUGUUAGCCAAGGCAGUUGCCAAAGAAUCUGGAGCCAAAAUGUUGGAAAUCAAAGCCUCAGACAUCUUUGACAUGUAUGUGGGCGAAGGCGAGAAAAAUGUGUCUGCUGUCUUCAGUCUUGCUCGGAAGCUUUCGCCAUGUGUCAUAUUUCUGGACGAGGUGGAUUCGAUCUUCCGCGCCCGUGGAUCCAGCGGCGGUGGAGGCGCUGGUGGCGGAGGAGGCAACUCGAGUCAACGCGAGAUCCUGAACCAGUUCAUGGUUGAGUGGGACGGACUGAGGUCGAGCGGACAGAAUCAAGGCAUUGUGGUGAUGGCGUCAACGAACCGGCCAUUCGAGCUCGAUGAUGCGGUGCUUAGGAGAUUGCCACGGCGGAUUCUAGUUGACUUGCCUUCGGAGGAAGCGCGAGAACAGAUCCUGCGGGUCUAUUUAGGGCAAGAGCAACUCGAAGAAGGGGUCGACAUUAAGGAACUUGCCAAAAAGACCGCGUUUUUUUCGGGCAGCGAUCUCAAGAACCUGUGCGUGUCUGCAGCAUUGGCAUCUGUGCGCGAAAAUGUGCAGAACGAGCUGAGAGAUCUCCAUUCUGUGGAGAAACCCUUGACCGAAGAAAACGCUGUGCCCAAGGACAGCAAGGACAAGAU